AUGAAGACGGCCACCAAGACGGCCGCGACGGGCACCUCUCACCCCUCCUACUCCCACUCCUACCAGUCUCCUCUCCAGGCACAUUCUCCCUCACACAGCAGCCUCCCUCGCUCCUCCUCCCACUCACACCGGGCCCCGAAGCCGUCCCUAUCCACCACACCUCUAGCAUCGCCGCGAUAUCCCUACUCCGUCGGCCAAAACUACCCGCCCAGGAACUCGCCGCCGGCUCGUGCUCCCGAACCGCGGCCCUCGAGCCCCAACUACUUCGGCCUGGUCGUCGAGUCUACCAACGACCCCCGAGAGACGUCUCUUCCCGAGAGGAACAACUGGAGCCCACCCUCGUCCUCGGUCAAGUCGUUCGGCGCCGCCAUUCCCGCCCAGGUUCCCCUGGAAGCCAACCUCGAAUUCGAAGCCUUCAAGAGGCAGGCUGACGCCAACCGGGGCAAGUCCUUUGCCCUCCCGUCAGCUAGCCAUGUCCAGUCGGUCGCCAGUGCCGCCCUCGCGCGGCCCCGUCCGCCACGGUGGCACACGCACACGAGCGGUGCCGCUGGCGGCUUCCCGUUUGUCGACUCCGCCGCACCGUCCCACCCUCUGUCGACCAAGAUGGACGUCGACCAGGAUAGCUUCUAUGAUUCGGCCUACGUGUCGUCAGAGUCCAAGCGCAAUUCGGAGUCGUCGCUCUAUCCCAUCCAGCUCGGCGGGAUGCCUCGCCUCGAGUCCCCAGCCCCCAUGGAGAGAUCGUCGCUCAGCAGGUCGACCUUGACGCGGUCCGAGGACCGUGAUCCGCGAAUGUCGGUCAUGGAACACAAGGCUGACCCGCCGUCCCCCCCCCUGCACGAGAUCACCCGAUCCUCCACGUUGCCGACCUCGUUCGACACCUCGCUGCCAACCAUGGUCUCGGGCGUCGAGCUCAGGGAUACCAUGAAGGGUGCCGGCCAGGACCACGUCCUGCUGCUAGACAUUCGCUCGGCGCAGAACCACGCGACGGCUCGUAUCAAGGGGUCCCUCAACCUGUGUGUCCCCACGACGCUGCUGAAGCGGGCUACGUUCAACAUUCAGAAGCUCCACCAGACAUUCCAGGGUGGGAAUGGCUCGGACCGGUUUGCCCGGUGGCGCGACGCAACCGCUAUCAUCGUCUACGACUCGCACACGUCAGACCAGAGAGAUGCCACGGCGGCCCAGAACAUGAUCAAGAAAUUCACCAACGAAGGUUUUGCCGGCAGGACUUGUAUCCUGAAGGGAGGCUUCGCCGGCUUUGUCGACUCCUUCCCCGACAUGGUGGAGCGUGGGUCACCCGCUGCCGCCUCGGCGACGGGUACCAACCCGGCCGGCGGACGCCCAGACGGCAACGUCGCCCCCGUGAUAGGAGGCGUCACCCUGCCGUCCACUGCCGGCUGUCCCAACCCCUUCUUCUCCAACAUCCGGCAGAACAUGGAUCUCGCCGACGGCGUGGGGCAGUUUCCAGUCACCCGUCCCCAGGGCCUGAUGUCACCCGCGCUCCCAGGCUGGCUGCGCCAGGCAGCCUCGGAGCCAGACCAGGGAAAGAUGAUAUCGGAAAAGUUCCUCCAGAUCGAAAAGGACGAAAAGGCCCGCAUGCAGACCGCCUACGCCGCCUUUGACCCCCACACGGCCCAGCAGACCCAGACCGUCCAGAUCUGCGGCGUAGAGAAGGGCGGGAAGAACCGCUACAAGGACAUCCUGCCCUUUGAGCAUGCUCGCGUCAAGCUCCAGAGCAAGGCUGGCACCGGCUGCGACUACGUCAAUGCGAGCCACGUGCGGCCGUCGGGAAGCAAUAAGAGGUACAUUGCUACGCAGGGGCCUCUGCCUGCUACGUACGAGGAUUUUUGGUCCAUGAUCUGGGAACAGGACGUACGCGUCAUCGUCAUGCUCACGGCCGAGUCCGAGGGCGGGCAGCUCAAGUGCCACCCGUACUGGAAGGAGAAGGAGCACGGCCCCAUCCGUCUGAAACAGCUGUCCGAGAAGAGGGCCUCGCUAGACAUGGACAAGCACCGGGCUGAAGCGACGCCCACGCCCGGCUCUAACUCGACUGGGGAUGCCAAGCGGCGUCGGGCCAACACGACGACGACGGUGGAAUUCUCGACGCCGACCCCCCCUGCGACCACACCCCAGAAGGAUGCGAGCGAGACGCCCUACGUCAUCAUCCGAAAGUUUGCCUUGGUGCACGCUUCCCACCCCUUUGAGCCGAUGCGCGAGAUUACGCACCUGCACUUCCCAUCGUGGCCCGACUUUGGCACGCCCGCCAAGCCGUCCCACCUGCUGGGUCUGAUUGAGCUGGCCAACGUCACACAGAGGGCGUCGAUGCCGGUGGAGACGACAUCCGUCAUGGAGGGCCGAAAGAUGAGCGGGCACAUGCCCAACACGUGGCACGAUGAGCCCGAGGCGGACGCCAAGGCUCGGCCCAUGCUGGUGCACUGCUCUGCGGGAUGCGGACGCACGGGCACGUUCUGCACCGUGGACAGCGUGAUCGAUAUGCUCAAGCGGUCGCGCCAGGCCAAGAGCGCGGCACAGCGAGUGCAGAACAUGGACGAAGUCAUCGGUGACGGCGACAUCGUCGGGGGCCCCAUGGCUGACGGCGAGGUCACGGCUACCUCGGAUCUCAGGACCAAGCUGCAGCAGAAUCAGCCGCCCGGUGCCUCGACGAUCGACUCGAGAUGGCUGGGCGACGACUCGGUGGACCUGAUCCAGAAGACGGUGGAGGACUUCCGGCAGCAGAGGCUGAGCAUGGUGCAGAGCCUGCGGCAGUACGUGCUGUGCUACGAGACCGUUCUGGAGUGGGAGCACAGGAUGAAUGGGAGGGGCCUCCAUACCCGUCGAGCCCUGAGCGGAACGUGGGCGUGA